GCACUUGCAAAGCAGGAAGAUAUGGAAAUGAAGCUGCAGGAGGUGCAACGGAAUCUAGAGCAUUCAAAAGGAAAAGUAGCACAGUUAGAAGAAAAACUGUCUGCUACUGAGAGAGAGAAAGUUGAAGAAAAGUCUGACACUGAAAAACUCCUGGAAUAUAUCACAGAGCUCAGUAGUGUUGCAGAAACAGUUGAGAAAUACAAACUGGAUGUUGCCCAGAUGGAGGAGACAGUGAUAAAGAAAGACCAAGAUAUUGGGGUCCUGAAGGAUACCCUCAAAACAAGAGAGGAAGAAUCUUUUAAACUGAUAAAAGAACUUAAUGAAAGGUGUGACUUGCUUCAACAAGAAAAAGAGAAAGAGUUGUCUGAGAGCAGAGAGAAACUCCUGAGUAUGAAUGCUGAAAUAGAAGACCUGAAAAAAAAAAUUGUCUUAAAAGAACAAGAACACCAAAAACUUCUUCAGAAACAUGAGGAGGUGGUCUCUCAGCUGCAACAAGAGAAGGAGUCAUCUGCAUCAAUGCACCAGAAGUUACUGGAGCUCCAAGAUGAGGUAACAAGUGAGAGACACCUUCUUGAAGAAGAGCUGAAUGAUGUAACGAAUGAGCUGAAUAAAUUACAUGCUAAGGAGAAGAAAGCUGAGAAGUUGGUGAAGCGGUUGGAACAAGAAAUCAAAUCUCAAGCUCUUGAACUUGCACAGAUGGAAGUAAAGUUGAAAGGGAAGAAUGCCGAGUUGGAGCAAAUCAAUGACAAGCACAGCAAUGCUGUUUCGCAAAUCCAAGAAGAACAUAGGAAUACAUUGCAUAAACUUGGAGAGACUGUUGAUGAGUUUGAAAGCUACAAGAAAACAACAGCUGAAGAAAUAUGCAGUCUUAAGCUGGAGAACACCUCUCUGCAAGAAGAAGUUGCCAACCUAAAAAAAACAGGCCAAGAUAACCUGCAGCUGCUUCAGGAAGCAGAACAUGCUAAAAACAAAGCAGAAGAUGAAUGUGCAAGGAUGCUUUUAGAAGUCCAGGCUAAGUUUGCACUAAAAGAAGCAGAAACAGAGAGAACAAAAGAGUCUUGCCUUGCCCAAGUGACUAAACUUCAGGAAGAACUGGAAGAGAGAACUGAAGACCUGAAAAGACAACUUGAAGUGGAAAGAUCAAGGAAGAUCAUAAAUGAAAAUGUGACCUCUAGCUUAAAAGAAGAGAUCAAGACCUGGCGUAAUCUAUACGAAGAGUUACAUAACAAAACUAAGCCUUUUCAGCAACAACUAGAUGCAUUUGAAGCAGAGAAGAAUGCACUCUUAAACGAGCAUGGUGCAGCCCAAGAAGAACUGAAUAAACUCAGCGAUGCAUAUGCUAAACUACUUGGCCACCAGAACCAGAAGCAAAAAAUCAAGCAUGUUAUGAAGUUGAAGGAGGAGAACACCCACCUGAAGCAGGAGGUCUCAAAACUGCGUGCAUCACUAGCAAAAGAAAAGCAAGAGAACAGAAAUCUUCAGCAGCAACUAAAUUCGAUUCAGGGUAUCAGGCGUUUUGCUCCUUCCAAGGCUUUCCAGCAUGAUAGCAAGGAAAACGUUCCUCCAAAACCUCCUUUGAAAGAAGGUAACAAAAACCAAAUUUAAUCUCUUCUUGGUAUUAAGAAAAAGAUGAUAAAUUGCAAAUAAAUUAAUGUACUGCUGCAGAAGACUUCAACAGACUACUUGUUCAAGGGGAACUUGGAUGCUGUACAUAAUGCAAAUCAGUAGGAGUACUACAGAAAUGGUCUAAAAUGAUACAUUUUAAGAAAACCUAUGCUUGGUUAUACACUUAGUGAGAAGCCAUAGGGGACUGUGUUCUUCACUGCUGGUGACAUCACUGCACUCCAAAAAGUGUUCACUGUUUCCCUUUUUUGUACGCUGAAGCUCCUUUGUUUUUGACAAGCAGCUCAAGCUGAGAAUAGGUGAAUAAGCACUGGAGAAUAAGGAUGAUAAACAUAAUCCGACUCCGUAAAAGAUUUUUAUGCAUCUCUCAUGUUAAAUUAAUAUUGCCCUUUAUGCAUCCUUCAACACCAACGGCAGGAAUGCUGCCAAGAUGCCUUUUUUACAUGAUAAUAGAACUAGUAGAAAAUUGAACUGAUAUUCUUAAUGGGAUCUGUAUUCAGAAUAUGCUAAUUUAAAUCCUUAGCUAGAUAUUGCAGCUGUUGAUCUUCAGAAGAGGUUUUUCAGGUCAAACUCAAGGUGACUGCAUUAACAUAAAUGUUUGUGUACAGUGGCUAAGAUCAGUGUGUUAAGAGAAAUGUCUUUUUUAAUAAUUCUGUGCUCACUGGACUCGUAAAUUAUGUGUGUAGACAACUAUGGUAACUGAUCAAUGGUACCUAAAGGGGAAUAAUAACAGAACUAGUCUUAAUUGGGUUGUCGGAUACCCACUGUACACAUGUUCAUUGUACAGACUUGAGUUUUGGCAAGGUGGAAAGAAUCUGUUUGCAUCUAAUAUUAAGAAAGUUUUAGCACAAUAAAAGUUUUUAAUCAAAAAAUUGUUUAUUUCCUUCACAAACCAGGGAUAAAAACCAGAGCCUGUGUUCUCUAACUUUACAGAAAUCUUUGAGUUGAACUGUAAAACACAGAACCUGCGAUUCCCUUAUCCUCUCAUUUCCUGUGAGUUUCUCAUAAUACAAAAGUAAAUACUGGAACUUAAGUGAAA